CCAGGUACAGGUGGAUGAAUAUAAACAGCUGAAGGACACGCUUGAUAAGAUGCCCAGUCUGAGAAAUGCAGCCGUACAACCGCAAGCACCUGUACAGCUAGUCCAGAACAAGAACAUUGAUGAACCCCAACAACCCAAGCAAGAGGUGGCACCAGCUGAAGGUCAUGCGCAGGUGGAGCGGGUGAAGUCUGCUUAUGAACAGCAGCAGGAGCAGCAGCGUCUGGCGGCACAGCUGGCGGAGGAGCGCAGACAGCUGCAUCUGCGUCAGGAGGCCCUGCAGAAGCAGCAGCUGCAGCAGCAGAAGGAGAGAGAGGAAAGACUACGCCUGCAGAGAGAGAGAGAGGAGCAGCUGAACCGAGAGGCAGAUCUCAAAGAGCAAAAACUCAAGCAAGAGAUGCUCCGGAAAAAGGCAGAAUAUGAAAACAUGGAUGCUGAUAUAGUGCAGGGAGAAGAAGAGGCACAAAUAGCCGAGGAGAAAGAGGAGAACGCACUACAUGAAGAUCCAAGGCAAGGUGAAGAGGACAACGUUCACCAUGAGGAGAAGCGACCAGUAGAAGCGGAUGUUGAUCCAGAGGACGACCCCAACAACCAGGGUGAGGAUGAGUUUGAGGAGGCUGAGCAGCAGCAUCAUCAUGAGGAGGAAGAGCCAGCACCCGUCGGCCACCCGGACAUGCACCCACAUGCUGAGAAUCAGCACCAGCCACCCGCAGAAGAGCAACUGGUGAUGCCCGGAAACCCAGAUCAGCAGGAAGACGCUCUGGAUGAGCAGUACCAGGAGGAAGGAGAUGAUGAGGCUCAAGAAGAGCUGGUAGACAAUCCCAAGCAUGAAGUGGCGCGAGAGGAAGAGGGAGACCCGUAUAAUGAGGAGAAUGUAGAACAGG